AUGAUGCCCAAACCUGUCCCUCGAAAAAGAAUACCUCCCAAGACCACUCCUCCCAAGACUUCCUCAAAGAAGAAGAAGGCAAAGAAGGAGGCCCCCACCAAGACACCCACCAAGAAGCUUCACCUCCCAAGACAUCCACCAAGAAGCCCCAAAGAGAUAUCCCAGGAAGAGUUACCUCCAGAUCUUCAACACCUGUAUGAUCUACUCCCAAUGCCUGUCAUCAUGGAAGCAGAGCAGACAGCUCCAGAGAGGACUCCAGAGACGGCUCCAGUGAUGGCUCCAGAGAUGACUCUGCAGACAGAUCCAGUGAUGGCUUCAUUGACGGCUCCAGAGGAGCCAGAGGGCAUCAUCGACAUCCCCAUCACCAAACGCAAUGGCAACAAACGCACGGGUGCUAAACGUCCCAGCCCUGGCACCCCACGCACAAGAAGCCACAGAAGUAUGCCCGCCCGCAGAAAAGUCAAACUCAUCAUCGUGAAACGGCUGCCUUCGGCGGAGAGCGUGGCUGUCAAAGGACACCAAGCCGCAGCCAAACCUUUAGAGGCAGCUGGCACCCCUAGGACUGGCACCCCCAGGACUGGCACUCCCAGGGUUGGAACCCCCAGGGAUGGGGUACCCAGGGAGGGAACUCCUCACCAACCCGAUGUCGAAGCCAUUCUGCAUGAAGUCGUGCAAACGGUUCCCAAAAUGCUACAACAAGCCAAGGCCAAGCAGUUGAUGGUGGAUCACAUG